UUUCCAGGGUCCAUAUGAACUCGUGCUGCUUCGCACUCACAUUCUACGACUCCACCAAAUGCAGCUGAUGCCACUUCAGUUCCACUCCUUCAAUCUUCAUCAGACUUGAUCACACAACAACCCAGCUCUCUCAAAGACCCCAUAAACCCACCCUGCUGCUUUUGAUUGAGCCAUGGCAUCUCUCAGAGUAUGCUCCACCCAGUCAAUUUCGUGGAAGCAGCUACCAGCACCGUAUUCUGAAUACAAUACGGCAGAGAAGUCUGCCACCGCAGCUUCAAAAUCAGGACAGAACUUUCGCAAGAACAGGGUUGGCUCAAGAACAUGUGAAAUUAUGUCAAGCGAUCCGGUUGUGGCUAUUAGGUCCUGUGAGCCACGAACAUCCUCAAUCACGACCUUGCCAAAGUCGGUCUGCUCGUACGACUUCCAACAUUUUGUCGUCCCCGACAAUGUUUCAUCUGCACAAUUCCCCUCGGCAUUGAUCUAUACCGACAUGAGGCAAGUGUCCUCGGUCGUCAGAUCACAGCUCCAUCUCAACUCCGACAUAAUCCCUUCCAUCGACUUGCAGUCACCGGACCCAGAGGAGCUGCCAUCUCCUUCUUCAUCUGGCAUUUCACCGUCAUUCUCAAAGUCUUCUUCUCCGUCGAAAGCACCACCCGAGUUCAGCCCCAUAAUAACGAUGAUGAUGUUCGCCAUCGGCGAUGAAGUUCCUCGAGGCCCACCCAUCCAGCCUCCAAAUUCCUAUCUUAUACCACCACCUGGUGUGCCCAUGCCAACUCCUCCUCCACAGUCAAUGCCAAAGCUACCACCUGAUGCAGCGCCCUCCAUCCCCAUCCCUAACGUGCAAAUCAGGCCGCCGGGUGAAGCGCCCUUGCCACCACCCGUGACUCCUCCGCAGACGCCAUCACCCGGACCAUCAGGAGUUCCUGGACCAGCUCCUCCCCUGUUUCCAGGGAACAUGCCUGCUCCUUCACCAGACACUAGCCCCGGCCCCGGCAAACCCCCCUGGCCCUCCCACGCCUGGAGGCGUUCCUGGAGGAGUCUCCAACUUUCCUGGUCCAGGCAUCCCUUUGUGACCGAGUCAGUCUUUGCACCAUAGCUCAUCAACGGAACAUCCCAAAAUAUGCUAGACAUUGUAAUCUACAUCAAUUUCACCCCUUCCAUCGCAUAGAUUUUUUAUUUUUAUUUUUUAUUUUCUCUCGCUCUCUCUCUCUCUGCAUAUUGUCAGUUCAAUUUGGUCAAUUUAAAAACAUUUUCUGUUCACAA